AUAAACAUUGUGAUGGACACAAAAGAAGGCAAAUCGUUUCGCUAAAGUUCAGGGAAGCUAUGACGUCGAUAUGACGCAGUAGCGAUUUUCCCUAACAUGUAGAAACUAAUUUAUUUUGUAUAAACAAAACCGCAUUAAAUAGACAUCUUAAAGCUAAAACAUUUACUGAUAAAAACAAAAGUGUAGGAGGCUUGGAAGGAAAUAAACACAAAUACACAUGUGUUACUUCAGUACGUCUAUUAUAUAACAAAACCAUGUGCCAAUAUCGAGGUGUGUUACUUAUACCAAAUCCCUUUAGGCAUCGCAUCAAUUACUGCAUUCUUUCAUAAUUGGUGAAAUGCCGCCACAAUAUGGUUAAUUAACUUUAAUUAACGAACCUCGAGGUCACUAAUUAAGUGAAACAAAGGAGGGAUAUAAACAGUAUAAAUUAUUCGGAAAUCAUUUUUUCCGUUACGGAUAUGGGCAUUCCGAACCCGCUGUCAUUAACCUCUGCAAACUUGUAACACGUAUUUUUUAUAUUCCUAUAAAAAGGGGACCGUUGAGUUUGAAUAUCACUUAUUGAAGAAAUAUCAAGAAAAAAAGAUGAGAAUGUUUGUUGUUUUAUUUAGCUUGGUGUUGUUAACAGAAGCCUCGCAUUAUCAUAGGCGUUCAUAUCACCACAUUACACCAGAAUCGGAAUGUAGAUACAAAUUGGAGUAUGCUACAUGUUGGCCGCUUAAAUAUCGAACAUUAGAUGGCUCGUGCAACAAUAAACAUCAUAUCACGUAUGGAGCUGCAGAUACACCUCUCCGUAGAUUCACACGUUCCAUGUUCGUAAAUUCAUCCACUGACUAUCCAAGAGGAUUUCCUGGAACUGCCUCCAGUUCACAUAUCCCACUAGCAAACAAAGUUGCAAGAACCUUGUUUAAACCCAUCACUAAGAACACUCAACACACAAAGAAAGGAACAUCUGUGAUGUUUAUGACAUUUGGGCAGUUUAUGGACCAUGACAUGUCACUUACACCACAUGCAGAGUGUCAUAUACCCAAUUGCGCAGAUGCACACAAAGCAUUCAAAUAUCCAUGCUUUCCAAUAAAGUUUAGUCACAGUAGCCCAACAUGUACUGUAUUGGGUCGAUCUGUGACAGUAUGUGGCAGCAAAGGACGUGAAUUCAUUAACAUUAUUUCAUCAUAUAUUGACGCAUCUAAUGUAUACGGAAGCAAACAAGCUGUGAAUGACAGGAUAAGAAAAUAUGAUGGUACUGGAGAAAUGAAGUUAUUACCUAACGGCUUGCUUCCAUUAAGGAGUGAGAAUUGCAAACUCCCCGCAGGAUGCUCCUUGGCUGGAGAAGGGAGAUCUGACGAAAAUAUUGCCCUGAACGCAAUGCAUACAUUAUGGGUUAGGGAACAUAACAGAAUAGUGAAGAAGCUACGCAAACUUAAUCCGUAUUGGGAAGGGGAGGAGCUUUUUGAGACGACAAGAAAAAUAGUCGGUGCCAUGUUGCAGCAUAUAACGUACGAAGAAUUUUUACCAUUUCUUGUAACAUUGGGACCGUAUAAACGGUACGAUUGGAACCUUGAUCCAAGCAUUUCAAAUGGUUUUUCCGCUGCAGCAUUUCGAUUUGGACAUAGCUUGAUACCAAAUACCUGGGCACAAUUAAACAACAACUUCGAUAAAAUCAAACCUGAUUUACCGAUUCGGAAAACUUUUAGAAACAUUGCAACAAUACGAAACGACGGCAUUGAACCUACCAUGUUUGGACUCCUGGCUAACCAAUCACAAGACGUUGAUACUAAAUUCGCUUUUAAUAUAGCGAGACGAUUGUUUGUUCCUCCAGGUAGUAGCGGAUAUCGAGAUCUGACCGCCAUCAACAUCCAAAGAGGUAGAGACCAUGGUGUACCAACGUAUGGCCAAUGGAGAAGACGAUGCGGCUUGAAAUCAUUAAAAACAUUUUCUGACCUGCAUGGAAUCAUUCGUCCAAGUGCACUAACUCAUUUAAGAAAGCUUUACAAAAACCCAAACAAUAUUGAUCUCUAUGCUGCAGGUAUAAGCGAGAUACCAUUACCUGGCCGGAAGCUUGGUGAAACUUUUCAUUGCAUCAUUAAAGAUCAAUUCGAACGAUUAAGAUCAGGCGAUCGAUUCUUUUAUUUAAAUCCCGGUGUCUUUACCAAGCUUCAAUUGGAAGAAAUCAAGAAAGUGUCUUUAUCCAAGGUUCUCUGUGAUAACCUAAAAGGAGUAGUCUCACUACAAAGAAAUGCAUUUAAAUCAUUUAACAGUGGUGAAAAACGAGUAGUUUGCGAUUCUAUUCCUGGAAUAGAUCUAAAUAAAUGGAAAGAUGCAAAGCCAUAUCCUUACAACAAGCUACAGAAUGAUAUUGAUGUUGAUUCUUUUGAAGAAGAGGAUGAGGAUAAUCAACGUUACCAUGGUGAUGCUGGUGAUGAGGAAGAAACAGAAGACGGUAUGGAAGACGUGAUGGAAGACAUGUAAACAUAUAUUUGAAACAAAACAUUUUUUGCGUUGUAGCACAGAAACUUGAUUAUAUAAUAUUAAAUUAUGCAACUUUUAAUUUAGUGUUUAAUGUCUUUAUCAAUUGAUACUUUCACAUAUAC